CCCGCUCUCCUCUGUCUAUGCUUGGGACCGCUUGGCUGGUGUUGAGAGAUUCGGGCGGCGACGACGGCACCUGUGAGCACGACCAUGGCCGAGAGUCAGGCCCAGAUUAAAGCCAUGCUCAUCGCAGAGACCCGACGGAGGUUCGAAGCUGAGUAUUUGGCAGAUAAGUCAGAUAAAUAUGAUCCACGUGAUGUUGAAAGACUACAGCAAGAUGAUAACUGGGUUGAAAGUUACUUAUCUUGGAGACACGAUGUCAUAGAUGAAACACUGAAGAUGCUUGAUGAGAGUUUUCAGUGGAGGAAAGAAUUUGCUGUCAAUGACCUGAGUGAGUCCUCCAUUCCCAGAAGGUUAUUAGAAAUUGGUGGUAUUUAUCUCCAUGGUUAUGACAAAGAAGGGAACAAAUUGUUCUGGAUCAGGGUGAAAUAUCAUAUAAAAGACAGCAAAACUGCAUUGGACAAAAAGAAGCUUAUAGCAUUUUGGUUGGAACGUUAUGCUAAAAGAGAAAACGGGAAACCUAUUACAGUGAUGUUUGAUCUGUCGGAAACUGGAAUAAAUAACAUAGACAUGGACUUUGUACGCUUUAUCAUCAACUGCUUUAAGGUUUAUUAUCCUAAAUACCUCUCAAAGUUGGUAAUCUUUGAUAUGCCUUGGAUAAUGAAUGCUGCUUUCAAACUUGUGAAAACUUGGCUUGGUCCAGAAGCAAUAAGUUUGUUGAAGUUUACAAGUAAAAAUGAAAUCCAGGAGUAUGUCAGUGUAGAAUACCUGCCUCCUCACAUGGGUGGAACUGAUCCUUUCAAGUAUAGCUAUCCACCGCUAGUAGAUGAUGAUUUCCAAACACCGUUGUGUGAAAAUGGGCCUAUUACCAGUGAGGAUGAAACGUCAAGUAAAGAAGAUAUAGAAAGUGAUGGUAAAGAAACCUUGGAAACAAUUUCUAAUGAAGAACAAACAGCUCCUGUAAAAAAGAUUAACCCAGCAGAACCUAAUUCCAAAGCAGAAGAGAAUGAAAAAGUUGAUUCAAAGAUGAAAGCAUUCAAGAAACCAUUGAGUGUGUUUAAAGGGCCCUUAUUACACAUCAGCCCAGCAGAAGAACUGUAUUUUGGAACUGCAGAAUCUGGAGAGAAGAAAACGUUAAUAGUGUUGACAAAUGUAACUAAAAAUAUAGUGGCAUUUAAGGUGAGAACAACCGCUCCAGAGAAAUACAGAGUCAAGCCAAGCAACAGCAGUUGUGAACCUGGCGCAUCUGUUGAUAUAGUUGUGUCUCCCCACGGGGGUUUAACAGUCUCUGCACAGGACCGUUUUCUGAUAAUGGCUGCAGAAAUGGAGCAGUCAUCUGGCACAGGCCCAGCAGAGUUGACGCAGUUCUGGAAAGAAGUUCCCAAAAACAAAGUUAUGGAGCAUAGAUUAAGAUGUCAUAUUAUCGAAAGCAGUAAACCAACCACUCUUACGUUAAAAGACAGUGCUUUUAACAUGUUGGAUAAAACCAGUGAAGAUAUAUGUCUACAGCUCAAUCGCUUACUAGAAAGCAAUAGGAAGCUUCAAGACCAAGUCCAGCGUUGUAUCUGGUUCCAACAGCUGCUGCUUUCCCUAACGAUGCUCUCGCUUGCUUUUGUCAUCUCUUUCUUCUACUUGUUGUACAGUUAGAGAAGUGGUGCCCGGUAGGCAACAUGGCUGAUUCGUUCGUUAGCUGAAACAAGUAACGGACUCCAAACUUCUCCACCAAACUAGAAAAUACUGGAAGGGAUGCACAUCUGUGCUUUCUAGAUGGAAAUGUGCAACAUUUGGGGAGAGGGGAAUAGAUACAUGUCUUAAAAAUAAACUGUUAGAAUAAGGAAUUACCUUAAAAGUGCUGAAGAAAUAUAUAAGAGAUUAUAUAGUUAGUAAGUAAAGGCGUAUCCAUUGUGUAAAUUAAUAGUUUAAAUAUAAUUUAUUUUUUUCAUUUUGGUUUGAAUGCUUUUAAAGCUUGUUUAAGUUUUAUCAUGUAUAUACAUUAGCUGAACUGAAGAAUAUAAGUAAAAUGCUUUGUUGCAGCCAAAAAACGUAGUCUGCUUUUUAAUGAUGGAAUUAUUAUAGCUGAGCCAACUUGUUUGCUUUUCUAUACUAUGUAUAUAGGAGAACAAGUAUAUUGGAAAAGAAAACCGACUUAUACAGAGUAAUUUAUGUAAUCAUGACUUGGUAAUUUUGAGAAUUUCUUCCAGAUGAUAGUCACUAUUCUUUUGGAACGUAGAACUCUCUGAUGCCAAACCACCUUUAGCCUUUGUUUCUUAUCAGUGUUCCUGAUUAACAGGCUGCCUUUUAUUAAUCUGGGGCUUUUUUAUGAAUAUUCUCAUUUAGAGGGCAUUUGGAAAACUGAGUUUUGUUGGCUUUUCUUUGAAUUCUGUUAGUAACGCCCAGAAGGAAAUCUCUUCAAGCAGGUCCACUUUCCAGCCCUCUUGACGCAGUCACGUGUUGCUGCCUGGGGCCGGACACUGAACCUUUCACCUAAUUUGUAGAGAGUGCCAGAACCUGCAUUGUACUGACUUCACUCGCCUUCCAGAUGAGACAAGUCUCUUUGUGGACCCUGAGUUGCACUUCUUCAUCUUCUUUGUAGAUAAAAGGAUCUAGAUAAUUUUUUUAAAGUAGUGUUUUGAGCUGCAUAGCAGUAUAUUUAAUUUACAUUUCAGUUCCUUGUUAAAAUCAGCCAUGAGAAGGGAACUUACAAAAGACGAGCAUCCAUAAGGGUGGAAUAGAACUUAGAAGCGCCAAGGGUCAGCUAUCAGUUUAAGGAAUGAAAACUCUUAACUCCUGAUGGACUGUAAAACCUUUGAACCAGGGUGAAUUGACUCGCUUGGUUCUCUGCCUUUGUUGCAAUAAUUCCCAAUGUGAUUGCUAAUUCCUCAAAGAUACACUGUGCAGGAGCAGGGCCUAAUGAAGCUAAGUGGGUUUUAUUAUUCAUAUGCUCAUUUUCAGUCCACGUUGAUUGAAAUGUGAAUCUACUUUAUCUGAAAGAAAAAGUAGUCUGCCUGUAAAAUACAUUUUGAGUUUGGAUGGUACCAUGUGUAGGGAUUUAUUGUUAAUUCUGAGGUAUAGUGUUGUCAGCUUUCAUCUUUAGAAGUGGAAAUUUGGAAGUUGAGUUAUGAAACGUGAUACAAUAGAGUUCCUUCAAAAUUGACCUAGGAAAUAAAACUUUAAAAGGACACUGGUCUGCUACUUUGUCUUAAUUGGAUUGGUUUUUCUGUUUCAGUUUACCAACUCCAGAUGUGAAACGGACCGCAGUCCACCCUAAGUACUAGUCAGAGUCUCUCCCUGUGUACGUGUACAGUGGCUGUCCCUUGUAUGUGAAAUUUGGAGCUCUAAUAUAACCCAAUCCCAAAGUAAUUGUGUAUGUUUUUUGUUCCUCCACAAAUAAAUGAGGAAAAAAUUAGUUAAGAACGGAAACGAAUUGUCCUAACAGUGUCCCUUUAAUGUUUCACGUGAAAAUUCUGUUGAGUCACUAAAAUAUUCUUGCUUGAUGUCUGGUUCGUCUUUCAUUAUUGAAUUUAGUAACAUGUCUUGCUAACAUUUAUGUGUCUAUUAAAUGUGACUAGGCAGAAUUAUUGAAAAUUAACGAUAAAGUCAAAGGCAUCUAACUACUUUUGUACUUGUCUUGAUUAAUCACAUAUAUUUACAUUUGAUUUUAUUCUGUCUUCACGUGAGUUUAUUUAAUCACAUUUGUAUGAUUAUUUUUGGAACUCUACAGUUUGUCGUUCUGUAAUUUUUAAGAAUUUUUUUAUUAAUCAUGUCAUUAGUGGUUCAUGACCAAAUUACCAAGGACCAACAUUUAGAUUAAGAUUUUUGUUUUCACUUGGGAGUAGAAAUUAAUAGAUUCUCCUUGAAAACAUUAAUGAAAUAUUAUUAAAUUGAUCUGCAAGUAGCAUAAUGUGAUUGCUGGUAAACCUAGCCUCAAGUUUCAUAAUAAUACCAUAACUGUUUUUAUAUCUUGCCACUAAUUUUGACUGGAUUUAAUAGCACUUUAUUAUACAAUUGCAAAAAAAAAAUAUAUUCCUAGAAUUGUUGCCAGUAUAAUUUCUCUAAUGUUCUGGUGCUUUUCAUAUAUUUUCAGUAUUUUUAUUACUAUAUUGAUAUUUUCUUUGUAUAAAUUGAUCAAAAGAACAUGUUUUCUAUUUUAAUAUGUUUUAGAAAAAUAAUUACAUUUAUGAAAUAAAUAUCAUCAGGAAAAAACUCUGGUCUCUAAUUGAUAAAGCAUUUUAAAGAAGAGCUA